AAGCACUUGUUUAGAAACGGCCGCCACAACGGAUAGGCCCAGAGAUCUCCUGCUGAUACAGCAGGCCAAGUCCGCCGGCGGCAGCAAAUCCUCGAGCGGCGGCGGACCCACAUACAUUGGUACCGAUGCGGCCACGGCAGCGGCGGUGGCCAAUUUGCGCAGCAAGGUGCCCUCCAUCUCGAUAAUUCCACUGCCCGUCAACACCACCAUUGUGGCGCGAAGUGGUGGUGCCGGUGGUGGUGCUACUACUACUACUGGUGGUGGUGGCUGUGCCCUGCCCCAGUUGAUCCAGUCGUCGAGGAGUGUGUCCAUGUCCAGCAAAUCCACGGCCACAUCGCCACCCCUGGCCUUCAUCUCGGAGGGAUCGGGAGCGCCUGCCCUGGCCCUAUUGCCACGCCCCCAGCAGCAGCAUCAGUACCAGCAGACCGACAAGUGCACAGUCCUCAAACUGGACGUCCUGAAGGCGCAACAGACCGGCAACAGCAGCAGCAACAGCAGCAGCAACAGCAACAGCAACAGCAACAGCACGCACCUGCAGAUCGAACAGCAGCUGAGCGAACUGGAGGCCGCCGACGAGGAGGAGGAGAACAUGGCCAGCCUGCUGGGCAGUGCUCCGCCCGCCCAGAUCCUGGCCAAUCAGCCGAUCAUCGUGAAGAUCGAGCCCACGCAAUCCUUUCACAUUGUGGACGAGGGCGACACGCGGGUGCUGAGUCUGCCGCUCAGCGAUGCCGACAAACUGGGUGCCAGUUGGAUAGACCUCAAGGACAUAGCCGGCCUGCAGACGGGCGGCGGAGCCACCUUGCUGGACGUUUGCUUUGAGCAGGCCAACGAGGAGGGCACCAUCAUAGCCACCGUCAAGUCGGACAUGGAAAACGAACUCGAGGCUGAGCUGGCGGCGGAGGCGGAGGGCGAGCCGGAUGAUGAGACUGAGCCGGAGCUGGAGCCGGAGCCACCGGCAGCCAAGCGAUUGGCCACCGGCAUGCCAACGUUACAGUCGCGGUCACAACAGCAGCAGCAACAGCAACAUCAGCAACAGCAACAUCAGCAACAGCAGCAGGUGAAAUUCCUGUCGGAUCCUCCAGCUUUGGCCCGUUCCAGCAGCUUCAGCAGUCUCAGCAGCUUCAGCAGCAUCAGCAAUAUCAGCUCAGUGUGCAAGAACAUGACCAGCAACACCAGCCAGGAAGGCAACCUGAAGCGGUCCAAGGAGCGAACGCCACCGCCCAUGCCGCCGUUGACCGCACAUAAGCCAGCAGCAACAUCAACAGCAACAUCAACAGCAACAUCAGCGACACCGGCAACAGCAACUGCAACAGCAACAGCAACGGCCAGCACAUCAACAACAUCGGCCAGGGAAAAUAGUGGUCACCACGGCAGCAGCAGCGGCAAUGGUGCCAUGACAGCUCAAAUUGAGAUAAUUCCAUGCAAAGUCUGCGGCGACAAGUCAUCGGGCGUGCACUACGGCGUGAUCACCUGCGAGGGCUGCAAGGGGUUCUUUCGAAGGUCGCAGAGCUCCGUGGUGAACUACCAGUGUCCGCGCAACAAACAGUGUGUGGUGGACCGCGUUAAUCGCAACCGAUGUCAAUACUGUAGACUGCAAAAGUGCCUAAAACUGGGAAUGAGUCGUGAUGCUGUAAAGUUCGGCAGGAUGUCCAAGAAGCAGCGCGAGAAGGUCGAGGACGAGGUGCGCUUCCACCGGGCCCAGAUGAGGGCCCAAAGUGAUGCGGCCCCCGACAGCUCCGUGUACGAUACCCAGACGCCCUCGAGCAGCGACCAGCUGCAUCACAACAACUACAAUAGCUACAGCGGCGGCUAUUCGAAUAACGAGGUGGGCUACGGCAGUCCCUACGGCUACUCGGCCUCGGUGACGCCCCAGCAGACCAUGCAGUACGACAUCUCGGCGGACUACGUGGACAGCACCACCUACGAGCCGCGCAGUACAAUAAUCGAUCCCGAAUUUAUUAGUCACGCGGAUGGCGAUAUCAACGAUGUGCUGAUCAAGACGCUGGCGGAGGCGCAUGCCAACACAAAUACCAAACUGGAAGCUGUGCACGACAUGUUCCGAAAGCAGCCGGAUGUGUCGCGCAUUCUGUACUACAAGAAUCUGGGCCAAGAGGAACUCUGGCUAGACUGCGCCGAGAAGCUUACACAAAUGAUACAGAACAUAAUCGAAUUUGCUAAGCUAAUACCGGGAUUCAUGCGCCUGAGUCAGGACGAUCAGAUAUUAUUGCUGAAGACGGGCUCAUUUGAGCUGGCGAUUGUUCGCAUGUCCAGACUGCUAGAUCUCUCACAGAACGCGGUACUCUACGGCGAUGUGAUGCUGCCCCAGGAGGCGUUCUACACAUCCGACUCGGAGGAGAUGCGUCUGGUGUCGCGCAUCUUCCAAACGGCCAAGUCGAUAGCCGAACUCAAACUGACUGAAACGGAACUGGCGCUGUAUCAGAGCUUAGUGCUGCUCUGGCCAGAACGCAAUGGAGUGCGUGGAAAUACGGAAAUACAGAGGCUUUUCAAUCUGAGCAUGAAUGCGAUUCGGCAGGAGCUGGAAACGAAUCAUGCGCCGCUCAAGGGCGAUGUCACCGUGCUGGACACACUGCUGAAUAACAUACCCAAUUUCCGCGACAUUUCCAUCUUGCACAUGGAAUCGCUGAGCAAGUUCAAGCUGCAGCACCCGAACGUCGUUUUUCCGGCGCUGUACAAGGAGCUGUUCUCGAUAGAUUCGCAGCAGGACCUGACAUAACAAGAGCAGCAGCCGUUCCUGGAGACGACCGCGGACGAGGUUGCCGAGGAUGCGGCUGCCACCGGAUGUGUCCUGCCGCCGGUGGCGCCCCCUGCCGGGCAGCAGCAGCCGCCGCUGCUCGAGGACUGAGGGCCGCAGGAUGCGGCAACAAUAAUUAUUUGAAUAACCAACCACUGCGCGUGCGGCAGAUACAAGAACUUUAUCAUGAUUUAAGCUAGCAUACAACCAAGGAUGUGAUCCUCGCCAAGGACUCACUUAAAAAGAACUCUAUCUAUAUACAUAUAUAUAUUAUAUAUGAGAGAGCGGAUGACGCAACGGGAAGGGGAAAUAUUUUAAAAAUAUUGUUAACUCAGUUAAGACUUUUGCUUCGUAGAGAACCGAAACGGAAACCGAAACGGAAACCGAAACCGAAUCCGAAACCGAAACCGAUUGCAUUUCGAGCAAGGGGCAUCAAACUCUGAUUUUCGAGGUUAUACUAUAUAUGUAUACGUAUGUAACUUCCCAACUCUCAUAUCCAGACCCGAGCAGAUCAGAUCGACUAAGUACUUAAAACCAAGCGAAAUUCUCUACCCCGCACAUCCAGAACUUCAGUUCGGUUAACCCCUCCUUCCCCUCUAUAAAUCCCGACUCCGAUCCCGCCUAGGUUGUCUUUGCCUUACGUUGUAACUAAAGUAUGUGUAUUAUAUAUACAGCAGAUGUAUGUAUAACUAUAACUAUGUCUUAUCGGUUAUAUGCCUAACAACAAUAUUUCUUUGUAAACAACAACAAAAUCGAAUAUCUCGGAAAAUGUGUUCUUAUAAUUAUAUUGAUUAAUGCAAUUACAAUAUAUUUACAAUUUACCGUUA